GUUGACUAUUCUCCUGUUGUAAAGCUAGUAUAGUGAGCGUAUUGCAUUGUGUGUAAAGGACGUAAGAAAGGAUUUUUUUGGACAUGCGACCGAUGUGAAAGUUUGGUUCCUAUUAGCCACAAUGUUACCUUAUAAAGUUCCGUCAGAAGAGACGCUGUACGCCCCCGAGGAGCUGAAGAAACAAGCUCAUGUCUGCAGCUUGGAGAAAUACACUUAUCUCUACAACAAAUCAGUCGACUCACCAGAGGAGUUUUGGGGAGAUGUUGCCAAAGAUUUUUUUUGGAAGACCAAACACACUGGCAAGUUCAUGGACUACAACUUUGAUGUGACUCAUGGGGAAAUUUACAUCAAGUGCAUGGAAGGAGCCACCACAAAUAUCUGCUACAAUGUCCUGGACCUCAAUGUCCAUGAGAGGAAGCUGGGAGACAAAGUGGCUUUUUACUGGGAGGGGAAUGAGCCAGGAGUGGAGAAGGUGGUGACUUACAAAGAACUACUACAGCAAGUGUGCAAGUUUGCCAAUGUUCUAAAGUCCCAAGGAGUGAAGAAGGGGGAUCGUGUCUCCAUCUACAUGCCGAUGGUUGUUGAACUGGUGGUGGCCAUGUUGGCUUGCGCACGUAUUGGAGCUGUGCAUUCCAUUGUGUUUGCAGGCUUUUCAGCUGAAUCACUCUGUGAAAGAAUUAUGGAUUCUCAGUGUUGUCUGCUGAUUACAUCUGAUGGCUUUUACAGAGGUGAUAAGCUCAUAAAUCUUAAGGUUAUUGCAGAUGAAGCGCUACAGAAAUGUCGAGACAAGGCUUUUCCUGUAGAGCGGUGCAUUGUCUUAAAGCACUUAUCAAAGGAUGAACGAGAGAUCCCUACACCAAGCUCCAUGUCACCCCCAGCAAAACGCUCAUGCCCUGACCUGCAGCAGAAGAAUCAGAAAGAAAAAGUAAGGAAGGUUCGUCAAAUCCCCAAGACUCCCUGGAAUCCAGAGGUGGAUGUAUGCUGGCACAAUCUGAUGGAUGGCGCAUCAGAUGAGUGUGAGCCAGUGUGGUGUGAAUCUGAGGACCCUCUCUUCAUCCUGUACACUAGUGGUUCCACUGGCAAACCAAAGGGUGUUUUGCACACUGUCAGUGGUUACAUGCUUUAUACUGCUGUAACAUUUAAGAUGGUGUUUGACUACCACCCUGAAGACAUUUACUGGUGUACAGCAGAUAUAGGCUGGAUUACAGGUCACUCCUACAUCACCUACGGUCCACUGGCUAAUGGGGCCACAAGUGUUCUGUUUGAAGGCCUGCCCACCUAUCCUGAUGUUAGCAGAAUGUGGGAGAUUGUGGAUAAAUACAAGGUCUCCAAGUUUUACACAGCACCCACAGCCAUUAGACUCCUCAUGAAGUACGGCAGCGAGCCAGUCCACAAGUAUAAGCGGAGCUCUCUGAAGAUCUUGGGUACAGUGGGGGAACCUAUUAACCCUGAGGCCUGGCAAUGGUACUACAAUGUAGUUGGGGAGAAGCGAUGCCCUAUAGUGGACACCUUCUGGCAGACUGAGACAGGAGGACACGUAUUAACACCUCUUCCAGCUGCAACACCUCUGAAACCAGGAUCUGCAACAUUUCCAUUUUUUGGAGUCGUUCCUGCCAUACUGAAUGAGUCAGGAGAGGAACUUGAGGGACCAAGUGAAGGUUACCUGGUAUUUAAGCAGCCCUGGCCUGGAAUAAUGAGGACUGUGUACAGGAACCACCAGAGAUUUGAGACUACCUACUUUAGGAAAUUUCCUGGAUUUUAUGUAACUGGAGAUGGUUGCCGCAGGGAUAAGGAUGGGUACUACUGGAUCACUGGCAGAAUUGAUGACAUGCUUAACGUUUCCGGUCAUUUAUUGAGCACUGCAGAGGUGGAAUCUGCUUUGGUGGAGCAUGAGGCAGUUGCUGAGGCAGCUGUUGUAGGAACACCACACCCUGUUAAAGGGGAAAGCCUGUAUUGCUUUGUCACACUCAAUGACGGCAUUAACUUUACUGCCGCCCUGGAGGCUGAACUCAAAAAACAAGUGAGAGAGAAGAUUGGUGCCAUAGCUACACCUGAUUACAUACAGAAUGCACCUGGACUUCCCAAAACCAGAUCAGGUAAAAUAAUGCGCCGUGUGCUAAGGAAGAUAGCAUCUAACCAACAGGAUUUAGGAGACGUGUCCACGCUAGCAGACAGUUCCGUUAUUGAUCAACUUUUUGAGAACCGCUGCUGUACAGCUGUGUGAACAUUAGUAGACACUAUUAAAACCACUUUACUUCAGGGCACAUGGAUAAAAUGAAAUGUAUAGCUAUCUUGGUUGAAGAUCAUCAGAAGAAGGGACUUGCUACAAUUUCUAAGAAUUAAAUCUCUAAGAAUUGAAAACAGUGUUUUACGGGACCUGUUUGUAUGUUUCUUCAGGAUUAUUUAAUUCCAACCUUUUCCCCUCGGUACAUAUUUUUUUUCCCCCAUUAAGUACAUCUCUGAUUGUAUUUUUCUGAUAUUUUAAGCACAUACAGGAAUUGAGUACUAUUUAUUGAAUUUACUCAAUCAUCAGUAGGUUUUAUAUAAGAAAUUGUUUUCAUGUGCAAAGUGUCAGUCUCUCUCUUUUUUUUUUUUUUUAAGCAAACUGUCUGUACACACUUUGUAUCUACAUUUGAUCAUUUUGGUUUUGAUCAUCGGGUACUAAAAUCACUUAUAUAUCUCAUGGAAACUGUAAAAAUCUAUCUAAUGUCUACCAUAAGCUUGUAAUUGUGUCUUUAAAAGAGGAAGGACAUGGUUUUCAUUAAACUGAACUGAGAAAAGGACAAAAAUAUCUCGUAUAAAACAGCUGUGAUAGUAAUGCAGUAAAUAAAUUUUAACUACCACUAAACUAAUAUUUUCUUUCUUGAGGAAGGUGCUGUGAUUCAAUGGAGCAACUUGGAUAAGAUGCUAAUUUGUAAAUUUACCAUCAUGUUAAAUACAUGCCAAGUCUUGACACUGAGCUUAUAAACUGUCAGAUACCCUGAACUUGAGGCAUUUCCAGGAUAUUUCCUGACAUAAUUAUGUUUUCAAAAAUGAGCUUUCAUUUGAAUGUUCAUCAAGCCAUAGUUGUUCUGUAUUUCAUAUCUUUAUUUAGAUUGGGAUCGGUUAUUGUGACUAUUUGUAGUAAUAUUGUUACAAAGAGUCCUACGUAAAUGAUUGAUUUAUGUUUUCUUACCAGAAAAAAACUGAUUAAUGUACUUUUGUCUUGUAAUUGUCUAUUUCCCUUUUCUGUUUUAAGCAAUAUUUUUUAAUCAACACAUUUUAAGAUUGAAUUAAAUUAUGGCUGAAAUAUACACUGGUGUGAGUAAAAUAAAAUGUCCAUUUCCCA